CUCUCAGCCAUUUUAAACCGCGCGAGGCGGCAACGGCACCGGCAGCGCGUGAGGCGGAGGCGGUUCGAGCGGUGAGCGGCCUAUCCGUAAACAGGUCGUGUGCCUGUUUGGAUUGAAGUAACUGAGUAACUCAGAAGACAAUCUCAUAAUUUCUUUUGGAAACACUCAGCUGAUUAAUCUACUGCUCCUGACGGCUUCCAAAUGUUUCUAACAUUCCAGUGAUUGCGCUAAAGUUGAGCCACCUAAACCUUCAUUCUGCUUUUUUUUUUGCGCCGCUGCUGCUUCCAUUUUUGCCUUCCGAAAAUUAAGACACUUGGAAUCCUCAAGAGACAGGAGUCAGAUAACAGACUUGAAAAGGAAAAGGAAAACUGUCCAUUAUGAAUCUUAAGCUAGAGCUACACGCCAUUAUCUUGCUCCCUGUGUACUUAUUGAUAUCUCUGUACAGUGCCCUUGUAUUCAUACCGUGGUAUUUUCUUACCAAUGCUAAGAAGAAAAAAGCUAUGGCAAAGCGCUUAAAAGCUAAGCCCAUCUUGGACAGCCCUGGAAGCCCAUACCGAGCCAUUUCCCAUCUCGAGACACUAGCCUCUAUAGACUUUCCUGGAGCAGACACUUUGGACAAAUUGUUUGACCAUGCUGUAGCGAGGUUUGGGAGAAAGGAUUGUCUUGGAACAAGAGAACUCCUGAGUGAAGAGAAUGAAAUGCAGCCCAAUGGAAAAGUAUUUAAAAAGCUAAUCCUAGGAAACUAUAGAUGGCUAAGCUACGAAGAAGUGAACCAGAAAGUGAACUACUUUGGGAGUGGAUUAGCUGCAAUUGGGCUGAAACCAAAGAGCACAGUCGCCAUAUUCUGUGAAACACGAGCAGAAUGGAUCAUUGCAGCUCAGACCUGUUUCCGAUACAACUUUCCUCUUGUUACUUUAUAUGCAACCCUUGGAGAAGAGGCAAUAACCUAUGGGCUGAAUGAAUCUGGAGCAUCGUAUCUAAUCACAAGCGUAGACCUUUUAGAAGGCAAACUUAAGAAUGUACUGCAAGACAUCCCUUGCCUCAGACAUAUCAUUUAUGUUGACAAGAAGACUAUCAAUAAGUCAGACUUUCCUGAAAGACUGGAGAUCCAUAGCAUGCAAACAGUAGAAGAACUUGGAGCCAGACCUGAGAACAUAAGCAUCCCUCCCAGCCGGCCUCUUCCGACAGAUCUGGGACUUGUGAUGUACACCAGUGGGUCUACCGGGAGGCCCAAAGGAGUGAUGAUGAUGCAUAAGAACCUGAUAGCCGGGAUGACAGGACAGUGUGAACGAAUACCUGGACUCGGACCCAAGGACACCUACAUUGGCUACCUGCCUCUAGCUCACGUCUUAGAACUGACAGCAGAAAUUUCCUGCAUUACUUACGGCUGCAGGAUUGGAUACUCCUCUCCACUCACGUUAUCAGACCAGUCAAGCAAAAUUAAGAAGGGGAGCAAAGGAGACUGCACCGUCCUGAAACCCACCCUGAUGGCAGCUGUGCCGGAAAUCAUGGAUCGAAUUUAUAAGAAUGUAAUGAGUAAAGUUCAGGAGAUGAACUAUAUUCAAAAGACAUUGUUCAAGAUAGGUUAUGAUUAUAAAUUGGAGCAAAUCAAAAGGGGAUACGAUGCACCUCUCUGUAACUUAUUACUGUUCAAAAAAGUGAAAGCACUGCUAGGAGGGAAUGUACGUAUGAUGCUGUCUGGAGGCGCGCCCCUUUCCCCUCAAACACAAAGGUUCAUGAACAUUUGUUUCUGCUGCCCUGUUGGCCAAGGUUACGGAUUAACAGAAACUUGCGGAGCAGGAACAAUUACAGAAGUUACUGACUACAGCACUGGCAGAGUUGGAGCUCCGCUUGUCUGCUGUGAGAUUAAACUGAGAGACUGGCAAGAAGGAGGUUAUACAAAUAGAGACAAACCAAACCCCAGAGGUGAGAUUAUCAUCGGUGGACCCAACGUCUCAAUGGGCUACUUCAGAAACGAAGAGAAGACUGCAGAAGACUUCAUCACUGAUGAAAACGGUCAACGAUGGUUCUGUACUGGGGACAUUGGAGAGUUUCAUCCUGACGGCUGCCUUCAAAUCAUAGAUCGCAAAAAGGAUUUGGUGAAGCUGCAGGCGGGAGAAUACGUCUCACUGGGCAAGGUGGAGGCAGCCCUGAAAAACUGUCCACUUAUUGACAAUAUCUGUGCUUAUGCCAAAAGUGAUCAGUCUUACGUGAUCAGCUUUGUGGUUCCCAAUCAGAAGAAACUAACCGAUCUCGCCGAACAGAAAGGUGUGACCGGAACCUGGGUGGACAUCUGUAACAAUCCCAUCAUGGAAGCUGAAAUCCUGAAAGAAAUCAAGGAGGUGGCUAACAAAAUGAAGCUGGAGAGAUUUGAAAUCCCAGUCAAAGUGCGGUUAAGCCCAGAGCCCUGGACCCCGGAGACUGGCCUGGUGACAGACGCUUUCAAACUGAAACGGAAAGAGCUGAAGAACCAUUACCUCAACGACAUCGAACGAAUGUAUGGAGGUAAAUAACCUCCGAACCACCGUAGAGUUGGAAAGCUGCGCAGGGUUCCUUCGAUGACUGACGAAUGUUAAUUCCUCAAAUGUUGGCUGUAAUUAUAAACGGAGAGCUGGCCUUUUGCAAAGCAGAGAAAAGCAAAAAUCUCCCUCCCAUUUCUAAGAAGGAACAGCUCUCGCUUUGUGAACAACUCUUUCAAAGAUGCUGUCAAAAUGACUGACCCACUGCCAUUUGGUUUCAUUGGAUCACUGCCAGUCCUGAGGUGGCUGUGUUCAUAUGAAACUUCUCCCUCACUCUUCUGUUUCGGCUCCUGUCACGACCCACGUGGAAUUUAAAUCAUCUUCGAGGAUUCCAUUAUGGUGUUUAUUUUCCAAAUUGAGCCUGUAUUUUAAUGGGUGCCCCGUCCAAGGAAAAAGUGAAGAGUAGACAGAACUCAGCUGUUAGCUUGCACAGAAUGCUGCUUCACAGUCUGCAAAUCUCAGGUCCUUGGCUAGGUAAAGGUAGCUUCCUUCACCUUGGCUGUCACCAUGAGGAGCUGAGAGACAGAGAAGGGGAGCCUGCCUGGGAACCUCGGCCACUCAGCCUCUGUGGAACACGAAUGGUUACUUUCACACAGCCAAAACCAACUGACUCACCCCUGGUCGGCUGCUUGGAUUUUGCUCCAUGAAUACGCAGUUCAGCAGUUCUUGUCCAGCUGUGGAGUUGCCCAUGGAGGUCUGUCCCGUCCAGUGCUGCUGGCCGUAGUUAGGCUGCUAAAAGAGGAAAUUUCAGCUGUGUGAAAGUAGCCAGAGAAGAGACAAUUGGUGGUACUUUCCCCUCGAGUAUGAAGGGCCUGUUCCACUUUGCUCCUUUUUACUCUACGUAGAAGAGAUGUUAAACGCAGCUUUAAAAGCCACUCUUUCUCUCCAGUAGCCUCAGCCUUCCACUGAACGCAGCUCUCGCCACAUUCCCUUGACUGAACGGUUCACAAGCUUCUGCGCUGAAUGGUGAAAGGGGGGGGGGGCAAAGGAAUGCAGUGCUGAGACCUUCUGCAGGCCCAAGUAUUCUGGGGAUCCAUAGUGCCUAAAGGGGAAACCAGUACACUUUAAGAGGAGGUGACUGACCGGCCACCCAGAAUGCAUUUUACCAAUUCCUUGACCUCCAUUUCCAAUACUGCCAUAAAAGGUUCUUUUCCGACUCAAACCUCAAAAGAAUAGUCUUCGAAAGAAGAUAGGCUAGGGAUGUUUGCCUUCUUCAGUGCUAUGCUGGUGUGUAAAGUUAAAAUAAUGCUGGCAUCCACACAGUUUCAAAGACUUUUAUUUAAACUAGGUUAUUGCUCUGAAUAUCAGUGGGACGAAACAAGCAUUGACAGGUAAAGAACUGCAUGGCCUGUUUGGCUUUUUAAAAACACAUAAUUGUACGCCACAACUAUGACAUGUUGAGAUCUCUGUGCCUGUUCCUCCAAAUGCAUGCACACCAGGAAUUAAACUGUAUUCAAGGGGUCCCCCCCCCCAAGCUUUCUUUUGAACUUUGAAAAGGGCAUUUUCUUUCUCUUUUAAUACGUCACACAAAACAAGUUGCAGGAAAAAAAAAUCUUUACUUGUGUGUAUUGAAUUUGGUCUUUGGAAGUUUUUGUUGUUUAAGGAACAGGAAGAACACUGUAUUUGAAUUUUUCGUCUUUUUUGUUUGUGACAACGUUUUGUUUUUUUAAAACUGGAAAUUCUUGGUGUGCUGAGAGGAGGCUGGGUAGGCCGUGAGUCUUGUAUGGUUUGUGCAUUUUGUGUGCAGCAUUCAGCAGGACAUCUUCUUUGUUCGUUCACACUUUGGGCUUGUGUACCCCUGCUAGCAGUCCAUACUUGAACCAGAAAUACUGUAAGAUGUGGCAAUUCUUGAUGCUGUUCUACUUUGCACUUUCUUUCUUAAUCCUUUUAUAUGUGUUGCUUCCAUUUUUGUAAAGAUGUGGCCCUUGAUUGCAAUGUGUUCGACGUUGACUUGAAUCUAAAGUAUUUAUGAAACGGAAUUCUUUUAUUCAUAAUAUUUAAAUGUGUAUAUUAUGGUCAAAAAAGGAAAAUAAUCUGGUAUUGUUACUGAAGAAUGAAGGGAUUUUUGUAUGAAAUGUCAUUUCUGCACAUAGGCAGUUUUAAAUGCAAGCCGGGUGUAUGUGUGGGGUUUGGCCACCAGUAAAUCCACAGAAACCUAUGCGUUAGCAGUUCUGACUAGAACUGGCCAUCCCAUCCUGAAGGACCAAUUUCAGUUUCAAAUCUACAAGCGGUGUUUUUGAUACCUUUCGCCUCACUGUAACUUCUCCAGCCAAACCAGCACACUGCCAACUGAUCUUGUAGAGACCCAAACCCUCAAGUUGAAUCUGGCUGCUGCUAGAAGGGGCAGGAGAUUUCAGCCUCUUGCAAAAGGGACCAGGAAAAUGCCUCUUGGUGGAUCUUUAACCAAACACACACACUUGCUUCCUGUGUUGAUAGUGGAUGGGUGUUUCUUUUUUUUUAAUGAGCUCGUCUUUGUGGCCUGUUACAUUCAUUCUAUGAUAAAACUGCUCUUCUAUUUAGACACAAAAUUUACUAUUUGAUUUCUGUCAAACAUGACAAACCAUCUCUCAGACAUGAUAAAACAAUUGCUAUACACCAACUGUACGGAGUGAAUAGCUGUUGCGUGAUUAAAUCUGACAGUAGAUCUCGUGAA